CACAAACUCAAAGAGAGAUGAAUGUAACAGGAGAAUCAUUUUUCAGUCGCUUUUUAUGCCUUACGUCUCUUUAUGGUAAGUUUUUCAACAUCAAAAAAGAAUUUAUUUUGGAGCAUUCAUUUUCACUUGUUGUGAGACGCGCAACUUCUUUUGACGCGUGCCGACGCAUCGAACGCAAGUUUCUUUGUUGAUAUCUGAAUUAAGCAACUUUAAAGAUAGUCGAUUUCAUCUUCUACCUUUGCAAAUCAUCAUGAAAAUUCAAUCAGGUCUGUUUUCUGGCGCUGUUGGAACAACAAGAUUUUAUCGUUCGGAAUUGCCAGCGCUUUAUAAAAGGCUUAUCUUGAAUGCUAGAGCAUUGGGGCAGCAACCAGAAAAAGGUCUUUGGUUCCACGUGAAAACCUAUUAUCCAGUUAGCUAUGCAGAAGAUAUGCUAACAGGAAGCCUUCCGAGACGCUUCUUUAAACUUCAGGCGUUUCCGUACUACAACGCGAAAAUCCGCUCAAAAGAAUGGUUUGUUCGUGCUUAUAUUCAACCAGGCUUGCCGAUUCCUACCUCUCCUCCCGCCUUUCCCCCAGACGAAUCUCAAGAAGCAGCCAACCAAGAUGCUCAAACACUUCCCCAAACAUACUUUGCGAGAGAUGAUAGCUCUGAACCGACGACUUUUGUGAAACGAGUUAUCCCUCCACGUGCUCCCUUAGAAGUUUCUGAUGACUUCUCUGGAAUAGGCACUUGGUACCUUGCAGAUAACCAGCAGUUACAGGAAUUUGAAAACCAAAAAGCUCUCUUGACCCAAUUUCGGAUGAGUGCAUACCCCAAAUCUCUUUUAUUACAGUACGUUCCUAAUGAAGUUACAAGCGACGAACUUUACAGAUAUUUGCGACGACAAGGUCCUGUGGAUGGUGUUAUACAAAUGAACAAGGAAGCAUUGCCAGCUUCACCAAAGUCUUUUGAGAGUAAACAAUUGUUACGCUUAACGCCAACGAAUGACUGGCUUCUCAUUACUCCAAAACCCAAUUUGUUUUUACGUCUUCUACAUCGAAAUUCAUGGGAAACCAUAAAAAGCCUUUCGUCUCUCACACGACAAUCUCCUGAAGAGCGCCUCAAAGCUAGAGGAAUCUCCGGGAUACCCUUUCAAGAUUCUUCUAACUCUCCUGAUCUUAGCUUACCAUUACUCUUUGUCAGCAAUUUUUUCAAUACUACUGUUGAAAAUGCAAAACUGUCUUCAAAGUUACCAAAAAAGAAGAGCACCGCUUAAUUGGUUGAUAAAUUACGGACUCUGAUGACAAGCCUUCACCUCCUUUCUCCCCAGUUGAUUCAGCUUACAAUAGAGAUGUUCGCAUCUCAAAAAUUUCCCUCUCUCAUAAUAAUAUUAUCCGCUAAGAAUUACAUGUACAUUUUGUUUUCAAGAAAUCAUUAACACAUUUUGGAAUUUAUGGAUAAACCGAAUUUAUUUUCUCGAUCAGAGCCUCCAUUUGCUCUUCUUGAAGACGCUCCUCAAUCCCUUCAAUGCAAGCAUAAAUCUCCGGAAUACUUGACGGCCGAUUAUUUAAGAUUACCAGUUUUUCAGCUUUGGUCAAUUCAUAUUCAUCCAACACCUUUAGACAUGCAAGAAACUUUUCUUCAUCCAUUUGGGAGCAAUUCGUUUGCGUGCUCAUAUAUUUCAGGAUUUCAAAUUGUAUAGUUCUCAAAUUUUCACUUACUAAUCCUCCUGCUGCUCCCCGUUCUCGAGUUCUUUGGUUUUGCUCUUCUUCCAUGUCCUUUAGGUGCAAAUAAACCUCGGCAUUGGUCAAGUACGCAUCUCUUGCGUUUAAUAUCUUCAUCUCAAAAUGUUAGAACUUUUUUUUUUAUCAAUCGUCCUCUUUCUAAAAAUUGGCAUUUGCUUCUGGCAAACGCAAGCUUUUCCUAUAAUACAUGUUUGAGUUUCACCCAUUGUUUUACGAAACGCGGCACAAUAUCUUAGAAUGUAUUAACGAUUUGUAGUGCAGUAAGCUACCCUAUUGUGACUGUUUAAGAAAUGCUUGGUAUAUAAGGAAGGUAUACCUGCCGAAAUCUCUUCACGUUGCGCUGCUGUUUUAUUGAGCCUCUAUGUUUUUUCGACGCAUUUAGACUUACGGAGCAGCAGUAGAUGAAAAACGAAAACCUAAAAGGCAGUGGCUUCCAUUUGAAUGAAGCUUACUGCAAGAGAAGGUUUUAACAUUUGUAGUCAUUUGGAUGUGAAUAGUGGUAUAUUAGCAAAGUACAUUUAAUUAGAAGAAAUGGAUGCGAAGAAUGAUAUAUUUUUCUGUAAAUUUAGCUUACAAAUCCUGGGUUAAUUAUUGUAAGAUUUGG